AUGGUUUACAAUGCAGAGCAGGGAAAGCUGUCCGAAUACACGCGCGCUUUUGCGCGAAAAGCAAAGUCACUCCUUUAUAAAUGUCCUGUUGUUUUCUUUGGCGCAGUUCUUUAUCUUAUGUAUGUGAUGACAGUUGGUGAGAAGAUGUUCUCGUGCACUGGGUCCUUCCCGGGCGCUGAGGUGCACACUGCCAGCGCUAUUUUAUUUGUGGCAGCUUCCUGCGUUUCCCAAGUUUUAUUCUUUGCUCUCUCUUCAUACACGUCGGGGGUUAUAUCCUCGCCGAUCUCUGAGUCGUUCAGGUACGUGCAGAGCAUGCACGAGUCUCUUGCCGCUGGUCUGCCGGUAGAAAGGGUCUUCACAAACCUUUUUGUGUGUCUUGCUCUCUCUGCGCUUCUUACAAGCGCUGGGUUCUUUCUGAUGUACAUUCUUCGCGCUGAGCGCAUGAUCAACAGGAUACCCUCUGGGCUGUCCAUGGCGCUCUUCAUUUCCAUAGGGUUUCUGUGUGUGUCGUAUGCAAACGAGCGGGUGUGUGCUGUCUCCAGCGCAGCAGGAGUGUACUGGCAGGCUGUUUUGGCGUUCAAUGCAGUUGGCGUUGCUGUCACUCUCCUGUGCAAGGUGUGCAAGAAAAGGUGCCCUGCUGUGGCACGGUACAGUGUGCUUUGGGCUGGUGUUUUGCUCACCGCUGUGUUCUAUGUAUGGGCACUCAUAAAGGGGGAGACAACAGCCUCUCUCCUUAAAAAGGGAUGGCUGGCAAGUGACCCGCGCAAGGAGGUGGUUCUGGCUGUGCCGCGCAUGGCUCUCCCCCACAUAGACCUUCGCGCAGUGCUUUGGGAGAUUCCGUCAAUUGGGAAGAUUGCUGCAAUGAACCUCAUGCAGUUUCCAAUAAACUUUCCCCCAGCAAAGGCGCAGACCGGCAAAAGUGCGCGCGCGCGAAAGGAGCUGCUUGCAAACGGAGUGUGCAACGCAGUAACCUCUCUUUUUGGCUGCUCAGUGCAGGUGCUUCCGUCUUCCACAAUUGCGGUGUACGAGUCUGGGUCCAGGCACAUGGCAGACACGCUGCUGUUCACUGCUGCGCUGAUUGGGUCUCUUGCCGCAGGACACAGACUCCUCCUCUAUGUUCCAUUUGCUGUGUUUGACAUGCUCUUUCUCUGUCUGGGGCUGAACAUUGUGCUGCAGUCCGGACUGGAUGCGUUCGCAGAGGGAUGGGGAGUGUUUUCAGGCGCGGUUUGCGUGUCUGUUGUGUCCACAGCCACAGGAAGCGUGCUGUGCGGUGCUGCUAUGGGCGCACUUCUGUACGCGGGGAAGUAUAUGUAUACACAGCACAGCAGAGUGUGCUUCUCCCCUUGCGAGGUGUAA